UUUGUUUAUUUGUCGGCUUGGCGCUCCUUCUGUGAGCUAAAUGUGACUGUGCCGCGUGAAGCUAGCUAAAACUGAAUGGAUAACCGCAGGUCUGAGAGGGGUUGCACUGACCCCAACUAAGCUUUUUAUCCUGUAUGUGCGCGCGCAAUCCGUGCGCGAGUUUCCCAUUUUUUUCUUAUUUUUAUUUCUUGUGUUUUUCGGGAACUGAACCGCUGACGGGACACCUCAUCGAUUCUCCAUCUUCCGCCCUCUUCCUCGGCGUCACGCUAGACUGAGAGAGUUGAACAGUUAAAUCUGGUCAAAACAUUUGUCACAAAGUGUAGAAAUGAAGCAAAUGUUCUAGCUUCACAUCAUCCUCUGGAAGUCUCAGGUCAACCACCUGAGCCUGGGAAUCAGCGUCCUUCCCCUCACACGGGGGCCAGCAGGCUGCAUGCCACGACAGACAGGACCGGCAAGGUUAACGGGAACCAUGAAGCCCAAGAAGCCUGGAAGAGCUGCAAAAAACCCCUUGCAAUUUAAAUCAGAAUCUUAUGGCUUCCAUUGAAUCACAGUGUGACAUCAGGAGUCACUGUGACGGAACAGGAACUCAACAGAAGGUUGGAGGAGAAAUGGAAUCUUCCACCAACUUUUUCGUUCAUUCCUUGCUGGCGAAUUUGCUCGUCUUCGACAAACAACCUCCCUUAAACCAUUUCCCUUGAAACGUCUAUCGACGUCACGUGACUUUAACAACCGUACGCUGACACCUUUAAAGCCUGUGAGCUUUUGAGACCUUUGAAGAUGGGGAUUGGCAUUUCGUCUCCAUCCUGGGACUACGAGAUGGAGCAUUACCUGGGCAGUGGCGCCUAUGGAGCGGUCGUCCAGAGCAAGAAACUGGGCACCAAUGAGAUCGUGGCUUUAAAAGUAAUCAAGAACGAGAGAUACAUGGAAAUAGCAAAGAAAGAGGUGGAGAUACUUCAGUACUUGAAGGGACUUGGCUCAGACAAGUUCAACAUCGUCAUGUUGAAUGACUCCUUCACCCAUGUGGGAUGUUACUAUAUGGAGUUUGAGAAACUGGAUAUAAAUCUGACAGACUUCUUGCGGAAGAAGCCACAACGCUCCCUGGAACAGAAGGACAUUUGUCCCAUAGUGCAUCAGCUGGCCACAGCUCUGGACUUUCUUCAUAGUGUGGGGAUUGUUCAUGCAGACCUAAAGCCAGAAAAUAUUAUGAUCGUGGACGAAGUACAAAAACCUGUGACGGUCAAAAUUAUUGACUUUGGUUUGGCCCUAAAAAAUCCAGAGGAACAUAAAGGAGCAGUUCUUCAGACCCUUUGGUACAGAUGUCCAGAGGUCCUACUGGGAGCUCCCUUUAGUGGAGCGAUAGAUGUUUGGUCUCUAGGUUGCAUUGUUGUGGAAAUGUUUACCGGUUCUGCUUUGUUCCCUGGAGAGGAUGAAAACGAAAUGAUGAAACACAUUGUCCUCACCUUUGGAAAUCCACCAGAAUAUUUGCUAAAUUCAGGGCUGAAUACCAUGCAGUUCUUCAACAAAAAUGAUGGAGAAGAGGAACCAUGUGGCCAGUGGACAUUGAGGAGAAACACUGAAAUAGGAAACAUAAAUUUCAUUCCACAGAGGACUCUGGAUUUCCUCAACAUGUUGCAUGAAAAUGUGUUAGAUGAAAAUGCAGAUGAAAGCGAGCGGGAUAGUUUUGUCGAGCUGGUAGCAGACAUGCUGAAGGUGGAUUCAGCUAAAAGGAUCUCACCAAGAGAAAUUCUUCUGCAUCCGUUUGUCGCCAAGAGCCGUCUGGCGGACAAUAGCAUCCGUGGGAAGUCCUCCAGCAAUGCUGGAAGUAAAACAAAAAUAGACCAAAAUGACAACGUGGAAUCUGGAAACAGCAGUGACCAAAGAGAGCAAAACUUGUUCUGCCUCAUCAUUUACAGUAGGAUGUCGACCUCAGGAAGAGGAGGAUAGACGAUGAAGAGGCUUCAGAAUCAGACAAAGUCUCCCUUGAUAAAAAAAGGAAGAGAGAAUGUCUCUAUAACUUUGGGGGAAAAAAAUCUAUUUUUGUCGUCAGUGGUUACCUUACCGCUUUCAGUUGGCCAUUUAAGUAAGAAAGAUAAACUCUCUUCCAGCUAGCUCCUAUCGUCACUCAGUCGUUUGACAAGUCUCUCUAACUGAGUGUGUGGCUUCUUCCUGUUUCAAAUGAUCCAAUCAUCCUGACGCCCAAGAAAGCCACCAUCAGGCUCAUUGCCCUCAUCAGGAAAUAACUUUGAAUGACAGAUCUGAAGUACAUCCUAGGCCCCUCGUUGAACCUUUUGCUGAUGAAGUAACAUGGAACGGUACGUUGUCCCGCAUUUCCUACGGUAACAUUAGAAGUCCAACCUGCCUCAGGGGCCGAUGGAGAGAAGAUCUGUGUCGCUGGCCCUUCCUUCCUGCCUGCAGGACUCGUACCGGGCAGCUAACACCUCUCGUGUCUACACAUCCCUGACAAGAUGUGUCUGGUGAGGCGGUACAAAGCUCUACAUGCAAAAAGCCAUACACCACAGAUGACUGCUGCUGUGAACUAGAACGAAUAAAAUAAACUGAAAUAACCA